AUGGACAAGUUUCGGAUGAUCUUUCAGUUCCUCCAGUCCAACCAGGAGUCCUUCAUGAAUGGCAUAUGUGGGAUCAUGGCCCUCGCCAGUGCCCAGAUGUACUCAGCCUUUGAUUUCAACUGCCCCUGCCUGCCACGCUACAACCUGGCCUAUGGGCUAGGCAUCCUCCUGGUGCCCCCCUUCAUCUUGUUCCUGCUGGGUUUUGUGCUGAACAACAACAUCUCCAUGCUGGCAGAGGAGUGGAGGCGACCCCAGGGCCGGCGAGGGAAGGACCCGGCCGUCCUGCGCUACAUGUUCUGCUCCAUGGCACAGAGGGCCAUGAUCGCCCCGGUGGUCUGGGUCUCAGUGACACUGCUGGAUGGCAAGUGCAUCACCUGCGCCUUCUGCACCUCCGUGCCCGUGGAGACCCUGGGCAACGCCAGCCACCCUGGCCUCUCCCAAGGGGAGAUGAAGCGGGUCCUUGCCCGCAUCCCCUGCAAAGAGAUCUACAAUGGACAGGAGCUCAUCGCCAAUGAAGUGGCUGUCAGGUACCUGCGCUGCAUCUCGCAGGCCCUGGGCUGGUGCUUUGUGCUGCUGAUGACCACACUGGCUUUCUUGGUCAGAUCCCUCCGGCCCUGCUUCACACAAGCCGCCUUCCUGAAGAGCAGGUACUGGUCCCACUACAUCGACAUCGAGCGCAAGCUGUUUGAUGAGACGUGUGCGGAGCACGCCAGGAGCUUUGCCAAGGUCUGCAUCCAGCAGUUCUUCGAGGAUAUGAGCAGGGACCUGGCAGCCGCUCGCCUUCACCCACCCAGGAAAGCUCCCGCAGAUGCAGGGGAAGCUGCCGAGAAGCUCCUGGGCAUCACCGACCAGGGCACCAUGAACACGGCCCUGAAGAGCUGGCACAAAUGCAAGCCCCCGCUGCACCUCCACCCACCUGCCCUCUCCAGAGGCAAUGGCUGGGCAGGGGAAGAGCAGCCCCCCAUGCACCCCUCUGUGCCCCGAAGGGAGAUGGCUGCCUACUACAGCCGGGUGUGA